AUGGCGGAAUUCAUCAGAGCACAAAUCUUUGGUACGACCUUUGAGAUCACCUCAAGGUACUCGGACCUGCAACCCGUAGGCAUGGGCGCCUUCGGUCUCGUUUGCUCCGCCCGUGACCAGCUCACCAACCAGAAUGUCGCCGUCAAGAAGAUCAUGAAGCCCUUCAGCACCCCGGUGCUCGCCAAGCGCACAUACAGAGAGCUCAAGCUGCUCAAGCACCUCAGGCACGAGAACGUCAUCUCCCUGAGCGACAUCUUCAUCUCUCCCCUCGAGGAUAUCUACUUUGUCACAGAGCUGCUGGGCACCGACUUGCACAGGCUACUCACCUCCAGGCCCUUGGAGAAGCAGUUCAUUCAGUACUUCCUCUAUCAGAUUAUGCGCGGAUUGAAAUACGUCCACUCCGCUGGAGUUGUUCACCGUGACCUGAAGCCCAGCAACAUCCUCGUCAACGAGAACUGCGAUUUGAAGAUUUGCGACUUCGGCCUCGCUCGUAUCCAGGACCCCCAGAUGACCGGCUACGUCUCGACGAGAUACUACCGUGCCCCCGAAAUCAUGCUCACGUGGCAAAAGUACGACGUCGAGGUUGAUAUCUGGAGCGCGGGAUGCAUCUUUGCCGAGAUGCUCGAGGGCAAGCCUCUCUUCCCCGGAAAGGACCAUGUCAACCAGUUCUCCAUCAUCACUGAGCUGCUCGGCACUCCCCCCGACGAUGUUAUCAACACUAUUGCUAGCGAAAACACCCUCCGCUUCGUCAAGUCGCUCCCCAAGCGCGAGAGGCAACCCCUGAAGAACAAAUUUAAGAAUGCCGACCCGUCGGCCAUCGACCUCUUGGAGAGGAUGCUCGUUUUCGACCCCAAGAAGAGAGUAACGGCCACCGAGGCGCUCUCGCACGACUACCUCGCCCCCUACCACGACCCCACCGAUGAGCCCGUGGCUGAGGAGAAGUUCGACUGGAGCUUCAACGACGCCGAUCUGCCAGUGGACACUUGGAAGAUCAUGAUGUACUCUGAGAUACUCGACUACCAUAAUGUGGACGCGGCAACUCAGCAGAUGGAGCAGGAGCAGCAAUUCAACGGGCAAUAG